GGCGGCCAGAAUUGCAGGGGUGGGAGGCGAGCGUGCGAGCGGGAUCCCGAGCCGCUGAGCGCGCUUGCCCCUCGCUCUGCCGCUGAUGACUCGCGAGCUCGGGUCCAAGUGCCACCCAUGCAACAUCCCUGCCCUACGCCGACCGAGACUUGAUGAUAAAACACUUAACUGUCUGCGUUGCGGGGAGCCAUGAGCUGUCUGGAUGUUAUGUACCAAGUCUAUGGUCCUCCCCAGCCUUACUUCGCAGCCGCCUACACCCCUUACCACCAGAAACUAGCCUAUUACUCCAAAAUGCAGGAAGCCCAGGAGUGCAACGCCAGCCCCAGCAACAGCAGCGGCAGCGGCAGCUCUUCCUUCUCUAGCCAGACUCCGGCGAAUAUAAAAGAGGAAGAAGGCAGCCCGGAGAAAGAGCGCCCACCAGAGGCGGAGUACAUCAACUCCCGCUGCGUCCUCUUCACCUAUUUCCAGGGGGACAUCAGCUCCGUGGUGGACGAGCACUUCAGCAGGGCCCUGAGCCAGCCUAGCAGCUAUUCCCCAAGCUGUACAAGCAGCAAAGCCCCGCGGAGCUCCGGGCCCUGGCGGGACGGCUCCUUCCCGAUGAGCCAGCGCAGCUUCCCCGCCUCCUUCUGGAACAGCGCGUACCAGACGCCGAUGCCCGCGCCCCUGGGCAGUCCGCUGGCCGCCGCGCACUCCGAGCUGCCCUUCGCCGCCGCCGCCGCCGCCGCCGCCGACCCCUACUCGCCGGCCGCGCUGCACGGCCACCUGCACCAGGGCGCGGCCGAGCCCUGGCACCACGCGCACCCGCACCACGCGCACCCGCACCACCCCUAUGCGCUGGGAGGCGCUCUCGGCACCCAGGCCGCCGCCUAUCCGCGGCCCGCCGCCGUGCACGAGGUGUACGCGCCGCACUUCGACCCGCGCUACGGGCCGCUGCUGAUGCCCGCCGCCUCCGGGCGCCCGGCCCGCCUCACGCCCGCCCCGGCCCCAGCGCCCGGCAGCCCGCCCUGCGAGCUCUCGGCCAAGGGCGAGCCGGCCGGCGCCUCGUGGGCCACGCCCGGGGGACCCUUCGGGAGCCCCGCGGGGGACGUGGCCGGGGGCCUGGGCCUCAGCGUGGACUCAGCUCGUCGUUAUUCCCUCUGUGGUGCAUCCCUCCUGAGCUGAUCCGCUGACCCAGGGUUUCCCCUUCCCUUUCCCUUCUGACCAGCGGUGGAGGCUCAGCACCUGUGCCUCUCACUUCAUGGACGAGGACAUGGGGGAAGGCAGAGACUUCAGACUCCUCCGUGUGUUGGGAAAACUAAAACACACAUCUACAGAAAUUUCAUCUAAAAAUAAAGCCUUCUGCCCAAACAGCAGAUCCAAAGACUCUGAAUGAUGCUUAAUGACUUUGGGACAAUCACUGGAAAUAUUCAUGGUGAGAUGACCUAGGUGACAUGAUAUCCUAGUUUUCUUGAAAAGAGGGAAAGGAAAAGAGACAUUUUGGUGUGAAUAUUUUUUAUGUUGAUGUGAAUUAUCUCCUUAAGUAGUGUGAUCAUAGCACUGCUGAUGUCAAUAUCCUCAGAUUGAAAAUGGAUUUGGAUUUGCAUCAAAGAUGGUGGUAGAGAAGUAAAAAGAAGCCAGUUCCUUCUUCCUCACCUGUAGCCUCCAGCUCCCGCCUGCCCACUCCCUCCCUGCAGCACCCACUCCAGAAACAAAGACACACUUUUUCCUUCGGACUGUGAACGCAGAAGCCUCAGCCUGAAUGUGAGUGGCAAGUGGCUUAUCUGGAGCCACCUGCCCUAGUCUUACUAAAAUGCAGCUGUUGUAGGACAACUGUUUAAAACUCCAGAAAUACAUCGACCAAGGUGGCACUUCCCAGUGUUUGGCACAACAAUUGCAAUUGCACUGGAUAUAUUUUAUAUGUGUGUGUGUGUGUGUACAUAGAUCAGAUUUUUUACAAAGAACAUUUUACGACGAAAGAAGAAACCCUUCUCUGCCUUCUCUCCCACAAAUUCUGUCCCUCCCUCUAUCCUCCUCUGGAUGAAAAAAGGAAAGCAUUAGGAGACCCCAGUUGUCUCCGUGAAGAACUAGGAAUCACCACGUGGGGAAGAGAUGUCCGUGGAGUCUCCAGGACCUCAAAGAUUUUUCAGUCUCUGUGGUGAUGAUUUGGUCACUUUAGUGUUGGGACAGGGGAAGGGGUAGUGGUGGGCAAAGCUGAAGAGAAUGAGGAAGAGGAAACGAACAUUAAAGAUGUUUGUUUACCAUGAGGUCGCUGUGCUGUUUCUUAUAAGGAAAACAAAUGUCUUGGUUUUUCUCUAAUAGAAUAAACUAG